AUGCGAGGAGACGCACACGGUGUCCGGAACGGCGUCGUUACACCAUCAACCUCAACAUCAACAACCACAUCAUUAGCAAUAGCUACCUUUUCAAAACAAACAUCACUAUUGCUCAUUUUUCUCUUCUUACUUUUAGCAAGCUUGUUCUCUAUAGACGAUAAGUCGUUCUCGGUUACCUCUAGCUCCUCCCCAUCCUCUUCCUUAAUAGCAAACAAAACUCUCGAUGGUCCCUACAUCCCUUGCAACUUUAACAUCUCCUCCACCAACGCAUCCGUGCCAUCCGCGAAGUCGGCGAAGUCACCGUGGAUGUCGUUAGGUUUGUUGUCGAGUCGGGUUCGACUCGAGUCAUUUGGUUUUGCAGCAGAAGAGAAGAGAUUGGAGGGAAUGAGGGACAUAAGAACCGAAGGAGAAUUGGAGACCGGAGACUCGGAGAACAAAGGAAUGAAGUUGAAGGAGGUUAGGGAAAAGUGGAAGAAAGAAGGAGAAGCUGGAGAGUCAUGA